AAGCGCCACACUGACACGCUGCGUCGGGCAUGAAGGUUUAACCGGUAACGCAUGAAUGGCGCGGAUUGGCCGCCGUGGGUUUCGCCUGUCGACCAAGUUUCGGUGUCACGCCGCGAAGCUGCGAGGAAAUGAAAGUGAAACCGCGCUCGCGUGAGUUCAGAUGAAGGCGUUUGUCAAACUGCUCCCGAUGGCCGCGUACGACUUCUUCCGCCUUUACUCCGCGUUCCACUGGUUCCGACGCCGCUUGUGUUUCCUUUGGCGCUACACUAAAUUAACCGGAUGCGCAGUGUACAGGUACGCGGUGGGCUGGAAGCCCCCGAUAAACGACCACGGGAGCCGAGGCGAGGUGGUGUCAAACAUCGAAGACGAAGCUCCGCAGGUGAGUCCCGAGGGUCAACGUGAGGCCGCGGCCCGAGAGAGGCCCGCGGGGCUCACGCGCGAGCGGCCGAGGUUUGAGGACGACAGCGACGACGACGGCGGCGAGUUUGACGGCGAGGAGUACCGAGUCGAUCCCACGGACGAGUUGCACUGUGGCUAUGACUCAACGUGGGACGCCGAGGAGUCCGUGGGCCCGUCGAGGAGGACCACGAGACCAGCGGCGCACAAUUUCAUGUUCAGCAGGUUUGAAAAUGCUGCCAGAGACAUGCAGAACUACAGGCACGGCUAUCCUAACAGGCAGCAAAGCACAAGGCGGGACAAGCUAAAUCUGCAGUUCUACCUUGGAAUGACACGCUCAGUACCCGACGGCGUCUCUAUAGAUGGUUUCCACCAGGAUUGGUACAAAGAUUAUGACAGACUGGAGUCUGUGCACUCCUACAUUCAGUGGCUUUUCCCACUGCAGGAACCAGGGAUGAACCGCGAUGCCAGUAUAUUGACAACAGAAGAAAUCGAGGAGUUUCUUCAAAGCAACAUCGCAAAGGAAAAUCUGUUGAAGUCUUACAAGCUCAUGUUGGACUUCUAUGGUAUCGAGUUGAGUGAUGAGAAAACGGGAGAAGUCAGGAGAGCGUGUAACUGGAGAGACCGAUUCAACAACCUAAACAGACGAACUCAUAACAACCUGCGCAUCACCCGCAUCCUGAAGUGCCUGGGAACCCUGGGGUACCGCCACUAUCAAGCGCCCCUGGUCCACUUCUUCCUGAAGGAGACCCUCGUCCAUAGAGAACUGCCGCAAGUCAGGGACAGUGUCCUCCACUACUUUGUGUUCGCUGUUCUCGACAAGAGAGAACGCAGGAGACUCCUCAAGUUUGCCUAUUUGAGCUACGACCGCAGGGAGGAGUUUGUGUGGUGCCCCAAGAAGAUCCAGAUAAAGUGGUCACAGGGAAUGAGCAGCAGAACAGAGCUUCUGCACUGUGAGGACGGACGCCAAGAAGAGGAAGAUUAAGCUGCGACGGGAUAAUCCGUCACACCGCCCAGGGGCCCCUUCUACAAAUGCUAAUGUGGACUCUACUAUACACCACAUAUGGCACGCUAGUCGCCAUAAAUACUGGAAGAGGGAAGGAUGUCAUUUAUUUUGGUAGUCAAACUGCUUCGCAAAUACACAUUACAAUUUAUGCAGUCUGGUUUUGGGACACACCUUGUGCAGAUAAAAUAUCCAGCCCUGAAGAGAAUGCCAGCGAUUAAAAGCUGCAAGAAUAUGGGGUAGACGGGGGUGGUGAGGAUUAUUAUCCAGGGAUGUAGUGGGGAAUUGUGCAAUUAUGUAUGCAAACUGUUUUGUUUAGUUAUAUUCUUACUUAGUUACUUUCACAAAUGGAAAUGUGCAAUAAUCUGCCCUUUAAAAAUGUCCAUUUUCUAUUAUUAUGGCGCAGAUAGGUUGGAAGAAUCGCGCACCAGUUUGAUCAUGGCUAAUAAACCUGAAAAUUACCUUGUAA